GUGUGAUGUCAGUGUUGUUUUGCUGGUGGGCCCAUCACGUGCUCGGCUCCCUCCCCCAGAGGCGGGGGACGGGGGGAUGAUGCAAUCCUGGGUGCGGUGGCAAUAAAAGGGGGGCCGGCGUGGGGUGGAAAACAAGUGCGGACGGACGGACGGACGCUCCCUGCACCAGGCACAGACGUCCCAGGACAGAGCCAUGGCUGGGGCCCUGCUUGAGCCCCACAAGCUGAUCCCCACCCCCUUCGAGGGGCAGCACUUCGACCCCUACGACUACUACAGCCUGACCGAGCGCUACAGCAUGCCGGGCGGGUGCAGCCGGAAGGGCCGCUCCAAGCGGGAGGCCGCUGGGAACACGAACCGGCCCAACCCCGCCGGCCACGAGCGCAAGAUCACCCUGAAACUGCAGCGCUCCGAGCGCCGGCGUGGCCAGGAGUGAGCCCCACGCUCUGAACCUCCCAAGCGAACCUGGUUCCAGACUCAACGGCAACGCCACACGGACACAGAGACUAGCCGGACGGACGCCCCCUGCCAAGAUGGCCGACGCCCAGCGGGGAGGGGGGCGCCAGGCGGCCAUGCUGAGACUCCUGCCAUGGCAGCCCAGGCCUCUCGUAACAGGCCCCCGUGGGGAGGAGCGGUGAGGGGCCCUAAGUGGCCUCGCUGGUGGGGGGGUGAUUUGGCUCAUUGCCAGUGGGGAAGAGAGGAGGGAAUUGUGGGGUGAGGGUGAAGGGGGGGGCACCGAGGGGGUAGGUUUGCUUCUCCCCUCCCCCCCCCCCCCCCAAUAAAGACACUUAACAUCUGCAUGGCUGGUGGGGCUUUGCCUGGGGGAGGGGAAACCGGCCUCUCAAGAACGGGGCAGACAGGGCCAUGAGGGGGGCUGCUCCCCACGGAAUGAGGGACAUGCCCCUCAACUCCCCCACGGGCCCCUGCAGCUGGGGGGUGCCUGGGCCCCACUGAGCUCUGUGGGGGUGGUAGAUGGUGGGUACGAGACAUUUAUCCUAGGGGAGCAUUUAAUGCUGCAGCUGCUGCUGGGGGCCCGCAGCGCCCCCCGGGGGCCGGGGGAUUAGAGGGCCUGGAUCUGGGAGCCCCAGCUGGGAAGCAUCAUUGGCACUGACGCCAUCACUUCCUGUCACGAGGGGGGCCAUCUUGGAACUCACGCCAAGGGGUGCAGCAUCACUUCCUGCUGCCAAGCUCGGCCACGGCCCAUCAGUGGGGCAGCCCUUUUGAAAGUCAUGGCAGGCGAUUACCCCCCACACACACACAGGAUUUUAGGGUGACCCUGGGGCUGCACCCCCCCAACUAGCUCGGGGAGGGUAUAACAGAACUCCCAGCAUCCUUUGCAGCUGGGGGGGAAAGAGGCUCACAGCCUAUUAACUGUAGGGAGGCCCUCAUAGCUCCGCCCCCAGGGAGGGGUUCAGUGAUAACCAUGCCCCCCCCCCCGGACGGCUGUCAGUCAUGUGCUGAAGGCACUAAUUGGGGGGCUCUGCCCCCUCUGUAGUGUGGUGGGUGGUGCUGGCUAUACCAACCAAUCAGAGGCUCACGGGUGUCUGGAGUCAUCCAAUCACCGACAAGGGAGGACCCAGGGGUGCAUCCCAGGCCAGCACAGCUGUGGGUGGCCCCAUCCAAUCACAAACAGCACCUCUCGAGAGCUAGCAGAAUCGGCCAAUGAGAGAUGAGGGGGCACAGGCCUCA